UUUGCAUCGGUCAGGUUGGGCAAUCCAACGGAUGUGGAAUAACUUCACCUAACGAGAAAGUCAAUUAAAUAAUUAAGAAACUAUCGAAAUGGGUCGUAUCUUUGGCGCACUUGCUCUAAUUCUGGUGGCGGGCUCGUGUUUGGCAGCGGAAAUAGAAUUGCCACCAGUUGAGUUCAAGCCAGUUCGAGAAAUACCUGGGGAUAUUCCGACCUGCCGGGAGGGUGACAUCAACAUCAGCGAGUGCAUCAAACAGGGCCUCCAGCAGAUAACGCCACGCAUGAAGUACGGCAUCAGCGAGCUGAACAUUCCGCCACUCGAUCCCUUCGAGAUGGGAAAGAGCUCCUACAGCUACACCUCCGGCCUGCUCCAGGGACGGAUCUCCAUGAAGAACGUCGUGGUCCACGGUCUCAGCGAGGGCAUCGUGGACAAGGUCAACUUCCGGUUGAAGGAUGGACGCGUGCGCAUGGAGAUCCUUUCGCAUGUGCCACAAAUGUUCGUCGAGGGCUUCUACAAGGCGGACAUCAAGCUCAACGACCUCAAGCUGAAUCCAAAGGGCGCCUUCAACAUUACCAUGACUGAUGUCGCGAUGAGGGCGAGACCCAUUGGCGAGCUCUACGAGCGUGAUGGUCACACCUAUCUGCGUCUGACCAAACUGGAGACUGAGCCCAAGGUGGGUGACCUGAAAUUCUACGCCAAUGGACUGGUUCCCGAUCCGGCGCUGAACGAUGUCAUCUUGGACUUUAUCAAUCAGUACUGGCGCCAGCUUUACCAGGCCAUGCUUCCCGAGACACUGGCCACCUGGCAGCCCCUGAUCCUGAAGUCCACCAAUGACUUCUUCGCUGCACUACCGUUCGAUAUGCUUGUUACCAAGAAUUGAGAUACCUAACUUUAAUAUUGUUUUACUAUUUAUACCUUCCGCAUUCAUCUGUUCUACUCAAGGUGUUAACAUAGUUUGUACCGAAAUAAAGAUACAAUUACCUAAAUAUUA